GCACUUCAUGUGUCAUGGCGCUGCAGUGAGUUCUGUGAGUUCGUUGCUGAGAGACCACAGUGGUGUGGACCGUCUUUUCUAUUAGUUAAUUUUUGUCGUUGUGAACUGCCAUCUCUUGUCCUGGCUGCAGCGUGCACACGAAGGAUCCCUGGAGACCCUCAAGCCACGCAAUGGAAAAAUACAUAUGAUUCUUUAGGAGGCAGUGACCUUGGAGGAUGUAACCGUGAACUUCACCAACGAGGAGUGGGCUCUGCUGAAUCCAUCCCAGAAGAAGCUCUACAGAGAUGUGAUGUGGGAAACAUUUAGGAAUAUAAAUGCUAUAGGAAGGACUUGGGACAGCCAGCAAAUGGAAGAAGAAUUCAGAAAUUAUUCAAGAAAGCUGAGAAAUGAAGAGGAAGCAAUGUGGUAUGAAUAUAAAACUUACAAUCAACAUAAAAACAUGUACCUUUGGCCUUCAGAUGUUAAUGAAGACAAGACAAAAUCCGCUUUAAAGCCAGCUGUAAGUUUUGUUUGUGGAGAGCCCCUGAUAGUUCAUUUAUCAUUGAAUAUCCCCAUCUUACCUCACCCUGGAGGAAAACUACGUGAGUAUUUGGAAUUUGAUGACAAGCUGAGUAAAUGUAAUGAACAUAGAAAACCCUGCAGUGAUUUCCAGUACUUUCAGAAGCAUACAAGGACAAAGAAUGGAGAGAAACCCUAUCAACAUGAGCAGUGCAUGAAAUCCUAUUCUGAAUUUAGUGAAAGAACUCAUUCUGAAGAGAAGGUGGUUGUUGAUCAGGAAAAUGUGAAAGCCUCCAGCACCCCCACUGGUCUUCAGAUAGCUGAAAGAAUUCAUGAUGGAAAGAAACCAUAUGAAAGCAAGCAAUAUGAACAUUCCUUCCACACUCAAAGAUGUAAAAUUGUUGAAAAGAUUCACAUGGAUGAGAAACAUUGUGUAUGCAAGCAGUGUGGGAAGACAUUCACUACCCAUAAAUCUUGUCAGGUACAUGAAAGAAAUCACAUGGGAAUGAAACCUUAUAUGUGCAAGCAAUGUGGAAAAACAUUCACUUCAAAGAGUUAUUCCAAAGUAUAUGAAAGAAUUCACACAGGACUGAAACCUUACGCAUGUAAGCACUGUGGAAAGGCAUUCAGUACACACAAUAAUUGUCAAAAACACGAAAGACUUCACAGUGGGGUGAAACCUUAUGUGUGCAAACAGUGUGGGAAGGCAUUCUCUACUCGAAAUGAGUGUCAAGUACAUGGAAGAACUCACACUGGGGAAAAACCUUAUGGUUGCAAGCAGUGUGGGAGGGCAUUCACUACACACCACUCUUGUCAAAGACACGAACUCACUCACACUGGGUUGAAACCUUAUGUGUGCAAGCAAUGUGGAAAAGCAUUCACUACCAAGAAUUCUUGUAACACACAUGAAAGAUUUCAUACUGGGGAAAAACCCUAUGUGUGCAAGUACUGUGCAAAGGCAUUCACUGCAAACAGUCAUUGUCAAAGUCAUGAAAGAAAUCACACUCGGGAGAAACCUUAUGUGUGCAAGCAGUGUGGGAAGGCAUUCCCUACACCCAGUAAGAGGCAAACACAUGAAAGAACUCACACUGGGGAGAAACCUUAUGUGUGCAAGCAGUGUGGGAAGGCAUUCACUACAAACCGAUAUUGUCAAAUGCACGAAAGAUCUCACUUUGCUGAGAAACUUGUGGGCAAGAAUUGUGGAAAGAUAUUCACUACCCACAGUGGUUGUCAAAGACAUAAAAGCAGUCACACUGUGGAGAAACCUUAUAUGUGCAAGGAAUGUGGAAAAACAUUCAAUUCAAAGUCAUAUUGUAAAAUACAUGAAAGGAUUCACAAUGGGGAAAAACCUUACACAUGCAAGCAAUGUGGAAAAGCAUUCAAUACGAAGUCUUACUGUAAAAUACAUGAAAGAAUUCACAAUGGGGAGAAACCUUAUAUGUGCAAGCAAUGUGGAAAAGCAUUCACUAUUUGGAAUGUAUACAGAAGACAUCAAAGAAUUCACACAGGGGAGAAACCUUAUGUAUGCACACAGUGUGGGAAAGCGUUCACUCAAAGGAGUAGUUGUAAAAAACAUGAAAGAACUCACACUGGGGAGAAACCUUAUGUGUGCAAGCAAUGUGGGAAGGCAUUCACUGAAAGUAGUAGCUGUAAAAAACAUGAACGUACUCACACUAGGGUAAUAUCUUAUAUGUGCGAGCAAUGUGGAAAGACAUUUACCACACACAAAUCUCGUCAAAUGCAUGAAAGAACUCACACAGAUAGGACCAUAUGCAUAUGAGCCAUUGGGAAAAAGAUUUGCUAGUAAUUCCAUUUAUAUACAUGACUCCCUCUGAGGAGGAGCCCCAUGUAUAUCAACAAUGUGGAAAAAAUUCAAUGAACACAUUUUUUAUCACCUACAUGAAAGAAUUCACUGGAGAGUGACCCUAUGUAUGUAAGCCUAUGUGGAAAAAAGGGUGAAAACUCCUCCUGUAUUGAAACUUGUACACAUUGACAUGUAAAAUUUGGUGUCAGUAUGUCUUCAUGGGCUUUUCAGAAAAUACAUCUGGGAGGUAUUCUUUGUUUUUCAGAAAAAUUACUUAAAUACUGAAAUAUUUAUCUAUAGUCUUUACUACAAACAAUAUUGACAUAAUAUAUUUCAGGGGGCCAGAAAUGUAGCUUAGUGGCACAAGUGCCUGCCUGGCAAGCAUGCAGUCAUGAGUUGAUUCCUUGUAACCCCCCAAAAAAACCCAAUUAACAAAGUAAACAAUAUUUUUGGGUAAGCCAGUCUUUGAACCUAGUAUAUAGUAUUUUCUAAUGAGAUGAGUUGAAAUGAAAUAUAUUUAUCAUUUCCAUGUACGGUUACUAUAUAAGCAGUUUUGGAAUUUUUUUUUACUAUAGUGAGGUAUAGUCUGAUAAAAAAAAAAUAAAUUUUAUUAGUAGUUUUUAACUGGGAUUUCCUACUAGCCUUAAUUUAAAUUUCUUCUGUACAGUUCAUAUUCUAUAUACAAAAAGAUAGCUUUAACUUCCUGAUAUAUAUGUAAAUAUGCAUAUUUAGAGAGAUGUACAUAUAUUUUUAAAAGUUCAUGUAUUUUCACACAACUUGCAGAUCACCAAAUGUAUAUUUCAUGACCUAACUAGAUACCUGAAUUUAUUGUUAUAUAUGUAAAUGUCUGGGAAUUUAGACAUGCAAGCAUUUUUUGUAUGUGUGAUACUGGGGAUCAAACUCGGGGCCUUGCGCUUCUCAGGCAUGCGUUUAUAUCACUGAGCCAAAUCCCUGACCAAUUUAUUUUUAAAAACUCAUUUUUUUACACACAACUUGUGGAUCACCAAAUAUUGUAUUUUUCAUGGCCUAACUAGAUACCUCCUUAUAUCCCAACAUAAUUAUAUGAAACAUAUCAUUUCACCUAUUCUGCUUUCAUGUUGAAAACAAUAUGAUUUACAAAAAAAUGUUUUCUUAUCACGAACAAUUUACAUGUCAUGUUAAUAUUUUAUAAUUUGAUGGUUAUUUUACCACAAUUUUUGUAGCAAACUGUACUGCUGUGUGUUUCUGAUUGAGACGCAUGAGAUGGACAGUACCCUUGUAUUAAAGGAUAUCAUGAACUGUAA